UAUAUAAGGACAGAGGAGCGCGGGACCAAGCGGCGGCGAAGGAGGGGAAGAAGAGCAGCGACCGAGAGAGGCCGCCGAGCGUCCCCGCCCUCAGAGAGCAGCCUCCCGAGACAGAGCCUCAGCCUGCCUGGAAGAUGCCGAGAUCGUGCUGCAGCCGCUCGGGGGCCCUGUUGCUGGCUUUGCUGCUCCAGGCCUCCAUGGAAGUGCGUGGCUGGUGCCUGGAGAGCAGCCAGUGUCAGGACCUCACCACGGAAAGCAACCUGCUGGAGUGCAUCCGGGCCUGCAAGCCCGACCUCUCGGCCGAGACUCCGGUGUUCCCAGGCAAUGGCGACGAGCAGCCUCUGACCGAGAACCCCCGGAAGUACGUCAUGGGCCACUUCCGCUGGGACCGAUUUGGCCGCCGCAACAGCAGCAGCGGCAGCGGUAGCGGCGCAGGGCAGAAGCGCGAGGACGUCGCAGCGGGCGAAGACCGCGGCCCACUGCCUGAGGGCGGCCCCGAGCCCCGCAGCGAUGGCGCCGAGCCGGGCCCGCGCGAGGGCAAGCGCUCCUACUCCAUGGAGCACUUCCGCUGGGGCAAGCCGGUGGGCAAGAAGCGGCGCCCGGUGAAGGUGUACCCCAAUGGCGCCGAGGACGAGUCGGCCGAGGCCUUCCCCCUGGAGUUCAAGAGGGAGCCGACCGGCCAGCGGCUCCGGGAGGGAGAUGGCCCCGACGGCCCUGCCGAUGACGGCGCCGGGGCCCGGGCCGACCUGGAGCACAACCUGCUGGUGGCGGCCGAGAAGAAGGACGAGGGCCCCUACAGGAUGGAGCACUUCCGCUGGGGCAGCCCGCCCAAGGACAAGCGCUACGGCGGUUUCAUGACCUCCGAGAAAAGCCAGACGCCCCUGGUGACGCUGUUCAAAAACGCCAUCAUCAAGAACGCCUACAAGAAGGGCGAGUGAGGGCACAGCGGGGCCCCGGGGCUACGCUCCCCAGGAGGUCGACCCCAAAGCCCCUUGCUCUCCCCUGCCCUGCUGCUGCUUCCCAGCCUGGGGGUGGUGGUCGUGGCAGAUAAUCAGCCUCUUAAAGCUGCCUGUAGUUAGGAAAUAAAACCUUUCAAAUUUUA